AUGCCGGGCCAGGGCCCCUCGCGGUCCCGCCGGCCGCUGCUGGCCCUGGUGGUCGCGCUGGGCUGCUGGCCCUGCACUGCGCUGGACCUGCCGGCGCUGGGGCUGCUGUGCGGCCUGGCGGUGCUGGGGGGCUGGCUGGCCCCCCGGCCCUGUUCCCCCCGGCCGCCGGCUGCCUGCCUGGAGCGCUUCGUGAGCUCCCUGCGGGCCCCGCCCGGCUGCCCCGCGGACGAGGCGCGGCUGGAGCGGGAGAUCGCCAGCACCAUCCGUAAGGUGGUGCGGGAUUUCGUGGCCUCGUGGUACCGCACGGUGAGCAGGGAGCCGGCCUUCGAGGCCGAGGUGGAGAGGGCCAUGGUGGGCCUGGCUGCGGAGCUGCGGCGGCGCAUGGCGCGGGUAGACCGCCGAGCCCUGGCCCGCCGCCUGCUUCUGCUCUGCGGGCAACACCUCCAGAGCUUCCUGCGGGCACGGGACGCCCUGAGGGACGACCCUAAAGGCGGUGGGACGCUGUGGCAGGAGUACAGCCGGCUGGCAGGGCCGCAUCCUGCCCUGCUCAGCCCCGCGGCCGAGGUCGGAUGUGCCCGCGCGGCCGUGGAGACGCUGCUGCAGGCGUUGGUGCCGUGGCCACACCUGGAAACGCGGACGGGACGCUUCGUGGUGGUGGAGCUGGUGGCCUGCAAUGUGCUGCUGCCGGCCGUCAGGAAGAUGUCUGAUCCCGACUGGAUCAAUCAGCUGCUCAUUGGGAUGUUCUCCAAGAAGCCCCGCAGUGGGAAGCCCCACACUGCACCCCCAGUGCCAGAUUCCUUGCCCUUCCCAGCACAGAUGGAUACGGCUCCUGCCGGGCUACCUCCCUCCCCGAGGGCUGUGGAGGGGCUCAGGAGAGAGGCAGGGACUGCUGGCGAGGAGGGAGAGGAGAUAAGGAGGUCGUGCCACACAGAGGAGCCUUUCCUGCGCCCCCAAGCCCUGGGAUCCCUCUUCCCCUGCGAGGGUUUGGAGCUGGAAUCCUCCACGCCCAGUGUGGGCCAGGACAGGGACCUGCUGGCACCAUCCCCCACUGGGGAGCUCCUUGAUGAGCCCCCCCAGGACCCCUCUGUGCCAGAGGGCCUGGCCUCUUUGGAAGAUGGAACGGGAGACCUGGAGGAGGGCCCUGCCCCCAGCUCAGAUGUUGGGCUGCUUUCCACCUCUGCCUUGAGCUCCUGCCCUGACAUCCAGAUUGAGCCGGUGGUGGAGAAGGAGGAGGAAAGCCCAGCAGUCCCCAGGAAGUUCUCCUCGCAGAGACCCUCUGUUCUGGGGAGAGAUCUGGGGGCAGCAGAGGGCCUACCACAUAUCCCCCCAGAGGCCGGGCAGUCCCUGCCCCUGCUUUCAUCCUCCCCAACAGCUUCCAUGAGCACCUUCAGCUUUGAGCCCCUGAGCAGCCCUGACGGGCCGGUCGUGAUCCAGAGCCUGCGGAUAACUGGGACCAUCACUGCCCGGGAGCACAGUGGGACUGGCUUCCACCCAUAUACCCUGUACACUGUCAAGUAUGAGACAGUCCUGGAGGGUGAGGGUGCAGGGAGCCUUCAGCAGGUGGCUUAUCACACCGUGAACCGCCGCUACCGGGAGUUCCUCAACCUGCAGACCCGGCUGGAGGAGAAACCGGAGCUCCGCAAGUUCCUCAAAAACAUCAAAGGCCCAAAGAAACUGUUCCCUGAUCUCCCCUUUGGAAACAUGGACAGCGAUAAAGUGGAAGCCAGGAAAAGUCUGCUGGAAUCCUUCUUAAAGCAAUUGUGUGCAGUCCCUGAAAUUGCCAACAGUGAGGAGGUGCAGGAAUUUCUUGCCCUCAACACAGACGCCAGGAUCGCAUUUGUCAAGAAGCCCUUUGUUGUCUCCAGGAUAGACAAGAUCGUUGUCAAUGCUAUUGUGGACACUCUGAAGACGGCAUUCCCCAGGUCAGAGCCCCAGAGCCCCACGGAGGAUCUGAGCGAGUCUGAAGUGGAUGGAAAGUCCCAGACAGAUGGGAAGAAGGCGACCAAGUCCAGGCUGAGGUUCUCAUCUAGUAAAAUCACUCCAGUGCUGAGUGUGAGUGAAGCUCAUGACAGGAUAGUGUACUCCAUCAGGGAGGGCAGUGCUGUCUCUGGCACCCUGUCGCUGGCUGCUAUGGAAUCCUUCAUCCAGAAGCAGGAGAAGCUGCUGGAAGCAAUCCCUAGCAAAGCUCCUGAAGGCGAGGGAGGCAGAGAACCUAAGGGAAGCUCUGUGCAGGAGGAUGCGGAUGGGACACAUCUGGACACAGACUCCGACUCUGAGACAGCUUUAGCUGAUCUGGCCCUGGAUGUGCUUCGCCUGGUGCUGGUGGAUCACUGGAGCUGGCUGUGCACAGAGAACAUUCAGAAGGUCUUCAACCUGCUCUUUGGGACCCUUAUUCAAAGGUGGCUGGAAGUGCAGAUUUUUAACCUGACCUGCACCCAGCGUUGGGUCCAGUACCUCCAGUUGCUCCAGGAAUCCAUCUGGCCCGGAGGAGUUUUACCAGCAGUGCCUAAACCCCCCAGGACAGAGGAGCAGAAGAAGGCAACAGCAGAUCAGGCCCUGCAGAGCCUGAUGGGGAUUUUGCCUAAUGUGAUCCAAGAAAUCCUUGGGACCAGCAAGUGUCGGAUGAGUUGGAACCUGGUGCUGGAGUCCCUGAGCCAGCCUGUGAUAAACAGGCACCUGGUUUUCUGCCUCUUGGACAUUCUUCUGGAGUUCUUGGUCCUGAAGGGCUCCAGUGAGGAGCCCAAGGCUGCAGCUGUGGCACCAUCUGCCUAUGGUGGACUGGACAAAGCACUAGGACUGGUUGAGCCAGCAGUGGGGGAGAGAAGCAGCCACAGGCAUGGGAUGAUUUGAUUUUCAGUGUUUACUAACCAUGUCUGGGAGCUUCUUGUACUGAAUAUUUCCAGCCAGUGCUAAAGGAAGCUACUUCCAGGCUUCUCUCUUCCGGCCAGAUGGUGGAUUAAACCCAGUGUCAGGGACUGAACAUCUGCUGUGUAUCUGUUCCAUUGCUGACCUGAUGGAGAGCCUGGAAUGAAGAUGCCUGAGCAGUUGGAGAAGGAUAUUCAGGCUGCUUUCAAACCCUAUAGUCUUGCCCAUAUUUCUGAACAACUGUAACAUCUGAAGGCAGAGAUAGCACGUAAGAUUUGCUUUUGUGGCAUCGGGUUUCACCUGGCACUGGCACAGAGAGACUUGAUGUGAUGGGAUCUUGUUGUUCCUGCAGGAAGGUGAAGGGAGGGGAAAUGCUGUCCCUGCUCUUUAAUCAUCCUACCUUGUGCCUGCAAUGCCCAGUUGGUGUUACUAGAAAGAAGAUGGGGAGGGAAUGGAGUGUGGAGAUGUGGUGAUAGUCCUGAAGUCAGUGUCCAGCUGCCCAAAUACCUGGGAGGUGAGAACAGUGCAGGAAUCAAAGCUGCUGUCCUGCCUUAGUGACAAAGAUCAGCUGCUUCCCACUGCCACUGCUCUGACAUGGUCUAGUUCUUCAUCAUCUUCCUGAUCAGUAGGAUGCAGGUGGACUGUGAUCCUGGGAAAGAGAACUCUCCUCAGGCUAAGGAGGAAUGGCAGCUUGGCUAGACUGUAGGAUUCCCCUUCUGAGUCACCUUUUAGUCCCUGGGGCUGUCACCUGGCAGGCACAGGAGAAAAGAAGUUGACCCAUGUGUGACACAGCAAGGAAAUCAGCUCCCACACAAAAGUGCUUGUCACGGGAAGUUCUGGAAGAGGAGGAAACAGCCAGGGAUGAACAGCCAGCGGGUCAGAUCACAGCAAAGGGCUUGAGAGUACCACCUGAGCUCUGGUGUUGAUUGUGUGUCACCUGCUUUGGUUUGCUGUGCAAUAGUUCUGUGCAGAGGGCUCUGGGAAGCUUGUCAGGUCACCAUGUCCUACCUGGCACAGAAUGGACAUGGAUUUGGCAGCUGCUUCCCCAGGUUGUCCAAGACUUGAGUGGUUUGUGAGCUAAUGCUGCUCAGGUCUCAGUACAAAAGGACAGAAAUGCACCAACAGACUGGAUUGAUGAUCUUUUUUGGUGUAUUUCUGGGAGAAAUAUAAUCUGAGCAGUGCUGGAUGUAGCUGAUCAAGGCAUUCUCUACAGAGCAAAGGAGAGGGAAUCAUGCAGGAUCACAGCUACUGUCUGUUACAGUACUACAUGAGGCAUUUCAUCUCAUAGAAUCGUGAAGUAUCAGGUAGGAAGAGACUGCCUGCUGUUCCUUGGAGCUGUAUGCUCCAUGGCACAUUUGAAGGGAAGGCAAUGCAGCUCCAAUGUGCCUGUUCUGCUCUUCCCAGAAGAGCUGCUUAAUAAUGGACCCACAGCAGUGUGAGCUGCUUCCUGCUUCUGUGUGUUUUGUGAAAAUACAGGAAGGGAUUGGCUUGCUGUCUGCAAAUAUAUUUUUAGGGAGCUCUAAGGACAUGCCAAGAUUAGGCAAAAUCCAAUAUAAUGAAGCAAAGCAGUUUUGCAUCACUUUAUCAGAGCUGUUUCUCAGCAGUAACACUUGGGAGAUGGUAGAUUGGCCACUUGCUUGGAAAAGGAGGGAGGCGUAAAGUGUAUUAGGCAAAGAGUUGGAGAGUGCUUUGGGAUAGUCCCAAAGCAGACAUUAUUGGGAAGGAGGGCUCAAAUAUAUCCUUAAAUACCUACUUGGAGAGCAGCUGCUUCACCCUGUCUUUCACUGCUAGGCUCGUUUCUCUUCUUUUUCCUGUUGCUUCCAUUUACUGUCCCAGCUGUCAGGAGUGGGAGCGGGAGCCAUUGGCCAGGGAUGAUGCAGCAGAGCCCUGUUGUGCUUGGUGCCUUCCCAGAUGCUCUUGUUGUGCUUGUUUGCUAUUGCUUCCUAAUUAAUUGUGUGGUUUGGAGUUCCAGGACCCUGGUCUGUCAUUAAUUAGGGAUAAUAUUAAGGAUUAAAUUAAGGACUGUAAAUUAUGCCCUACCAGCUCCAGGUCAGGGCAAAAGUCUAGCACAGUCCUUACACACACUGGAUAUGGCACUGGAAGAAUGAGCUGAUGCUUUUCCUUUGCCAGGAAGCCCAAGUUAUCUCUGCUGUUAAACCUCAUCUCUGCAAUUAUGCAAAUGACUGAAUAUUCAGGAAAUAAUUUGUGGGUACUGCCAGUUUGGGAGCUGAUGCUUUGCUGGGAUGGUGUAGCCAUGAUUUGGGGUUGUACCAGCAGGAACAUCCCCCUCUGUGUUUAUUUACAUGGGAGGAGCUGGGGCAGAGAGAGAUGAAGUAGAUUUACUUACAUGCACUUUGAAGUCAGUAUUGGAGUUGGAAACAGACCUAGGAGUUUGGAUUGCGAGAUCUUUGUUUUAAUCUCCAGAACCCCCUUUCUUGUCUCAUUUAGGCUGAGCCCUUUCUCAUGCUCUCACUGGCUGGGCUUCAAUCUCCCAUUCCCUCCUUGGUCUGGUCUCACAGCUGAGGUGAAGUUGCCCAGGAGCAAAUAGCCCCUCUCUGGAUCUUGUUGUUAAGGAAUAAAAAAAUCCAAUAAAAAGCUCAGCUUUUUUCUCCUGCUAGUUCUUUGCCUCACUGUAAUUUUGGGAUUAAAUUGAGCACAAUGAUGGCAAAGGCAAACUUCUGUAUUCAGAUGGGCUGGAAGUUUAUUUCCAUUGGACUAAGACUAGAAAAACUGCUUUGGUAAAACAAGCAAGGUUGACAGAAUAACUUUAGCUCACUUUGUAUGUGUCGUAUUCCCUUUUUCUGCAGGAAUUUGUAGAAGGAAUUUGCAGAACACUUCAGCCACCUCUUGCUAAAGGGAGGGUGGGGAGAGCAGCCAGGUUUGAUCUCAAAGAGUUGCAGCCUUGUGUCACGUUACAUAUAGAGCAGCAUGUGCUUCUGGUGGGGGACAGCUCUCCAGGGUCCCUCUGCAUGUGUGUGAUCUCUUCCAUCUCACUUCGUGCUGGUUUUGUGGCAUUGAGGAAAGAAUUUAUUUCCCCCUGCCUCAGUUUCUCCCUAGUUGACUGGAAGCUCCUUGGAAGCAGGAGCUGCUCCUGUGGACAACAGAAUACAGUGGUAAGAACUUCAGGGCACCACUCUAAGCUAAACAUUCCUGUGUUGAGACAAAGCUUGGUUGUUUAAUUGUGUCUUUAGGGGGAAAAGUCCCACCACGCACUGACUCCCCAUUGUAUUUCCUAUAUUCAACCCUUUGUAUCAGCUGUUUAUGGUGCUGCUGUUUGAAUCUGGGUAGAAUUGUCUCGAAAACCUGUUUUGUUGUUGAAUGGGAAGCAAACCUGCGCUCCCAAGUACCUGUGUGCAAUGAUAUUUUAUUUCAAACUUAUUUCUUUGUCUGGGUUUGAAAUUUGCCUUUGAUCAGCAACUGUCUCUAAGGCAGCCCUUGUGAAGAGAAGAGCAAGUAGGGGAGAAGCCAGAAAGGCCAGGUGGCAGUGGGAAGGUGGGGACAAGCAUCUCCCAGGUGUCACAAAAUGCAGGACAGGUGACAGUGGGGUGUGGGACAGUGGUUUUUCUUCCUGGCACACAGUGGUUUUCUUUCCUGGCACACACAUGCUCAGACACAGGAAAGACCACAGUCCUUAACAGCUUCAUCAGGAAUCAGGACAGUUUCCCACCUCUGGCAGCAUCAGCAUUCCUGCUUUCUCCCUGCAACACAAACUCCUUGGUUUAGCCUUGCCAGGGAAUGUGAAACCAGGGAAGCCAUGUGGAGAUCUAUUGCCUUUCUCCUGGAAGGCAGAGAAAGACUCCCAGAGAAGCAGGGAUUGUGCAGACCCAUCCCCACGUCCCUUGGGCAGUGGAGCUUAGGAAGUUCCCUUUGGAGCAGGAAAGCUGGUAAGCUCUAAGGAGGUAGGGAAUGUCUGAAAAGGAGAAAUUCCAUGUGAAAUUUGAAAUACUAUGUUGAAGGAAAAAAAAUGGAGGAAGAAAAACCUGAUACAAUCAAUGCUUGGGUCAUGUAUUAUUGUGGAUUAGCUGUGCCACAGAAGGAUCCUGUUCACCCCAUGGAAUCCAUUCCCUGCAAGCUAGUGAACAUUCGUAUGGCACAUGAUGUGGGAAUCGUGGCUGAAGCCUAGUUCCCUGGGAUAAUAUCCACCCCGGCGUGGAUUGGGCCAUUUCCAGUGUCAACAGCCAGAGGAUUAAGCGUUUAUCUCAUCAGAGCAGGGGAUAAUUAAUACCAGAUCGAACUUGGGGCUGAAUUUGACACCGAGUGUGGCUUCACCUCCUGCAGGCAAUUUGUGGGGACUGGGAAGAUGUUCCUCUGUCCUGCAAGGUGCAGGGAUUGCCUUGCAGAUCCAUAGCUACUGGGAUGGCAUUGAUCUUCCCAAAUGAAGCUGAGGGUGAGCUCUCAAGGUAGGCAUUAGGGAUGAAAACCUAUCAGGAAGACUGUCCCUUCCAGCCAAAAGUUGGAAGAAUAGAAUCAGGGUGCUGUGAUUUGCUAUCAUCUGGGUUUAAAUGUAAAAUCCAGGGUUUGGCACUUGUGACUUUGUUGAAAUAAAUUAAUACCUUUAUCCUGGCCACAGUCCAGGUCAGGUAAUUAUA